GUUUCUUAAGAAAAAAAAAACAGGAACGGAGGCGACUGGUUUGGAGAAACAUCAGCUCAUAAACGUUCCGCGUUUGUGGAAUUAGGAUAGAUAAACGAGCAUUAUUUAAUAUAGCUAAGUCAGUAGAUCUGAACAAAGAUAAACUAUUAUCGGAAUGGAUCCGUUUACCGAGAAACUCCUGGAGAGGACCCGCGCUCGCAGGGAGAACCUGCAGAAGAAAAUGGCAGAGAGGUCCACUGCUUCCAACAGACAGAUGGCCAAGAGAGCUAGGGAGCCUCUGGCUGAGACCUGCAACAGCCUGGUCACAGAGCCUGUCGUUGAGAAAGGCCCUCAACAUUCCACCAAGCACUCUCCCUCCAAGCGGAGUCGUUCAGGUGAACUUGACAAGCCCACCAUUAUUGGUGAGGAGAACAGGGAGCCUGCAAUGCCUCCUCUCACCUUGACCCCUACUCUGUCAGAUCCCCAGACUGACCGGAAGCACCCAACGGUCCCAGCCAGCAUUCUCUCUGCCUCUUCUCUAGAGAGGGUGGAUGUCUGCCUUGCUCUUCCCGUUCCUGAACCAGAACCCAUGGUGGCAACACGGCUUGUCCCAGAGCAGGUCAGGGCCACGGAGGUAGAGCGCCCUGCCCCAAAACCAGAGAAGGGGGCUGUGAGUGCUGCUCCACAGAGGACCAGGGAUGUGGAGGUGGUGCCUACUAGCACAGUUCUUCAGAGGAACAGAGAAGAGCAGAGGGAGGCUCCCACCUCCACCCCUGCUGCCAUGAAGUCUCGCCUGGCCAGACUAGCUGAACAGAGGCAUUACUGGGACUCUGAAGGUACGUCUGAGGUUCCAGACAUCCCAGCAGCUCUGUCCCCAGUGAAGAACCAGACCCAGCCGAGGCAGGCCGUAGCCCCAGUCCCCACACCCGUCCAUGCUGUUGCGUCCUCAGAGGCCCCUGUAGGCAGGAAGGGUCGGCUGGCCAACCUCGCAGCCACCAUUGGGUCCUGGGAGGAUGACCUCAGCCACACGGCCCCUCGCAGCAGCAGAGACAAUGCACAAGAGAAGCCUGGUAGUGUCAGUAACGCCACCCCUGCAUGGAGGAGAGAGGCUUGUGCUGGAGCCAAACCCACCUCUGCUGCUGCAGACUGUCCACAAAUGACUCAGUCAUCAAACAGAAAGCCUGCUCUGGAUUCCAACCAGCAGCCUGUCCACUCCCCAGUCAAGUCCACCAGAGCAUUUCCCCCCAGCCCUCAGAAGACUGAAGUACCUGAAGCCAGACCAGCUCUACAGACAGGCAGAGGUCUCCCCUCUCCUGUAUCCAGUCCCCAGAGGAGUUACCAGGGGAGAGCCUCAGCCUUCACCCCCAGCCCCGAGAAAGGUGCUCUCUCCUCAGCCUCACCUGUGCCUCAGAGCCCCUUGAAGAACCAGGCCCUGUCCCGAGCCAUGGAGGUCAACUGUAGCCCCGAGAAGCCAGAGCUCCCCACACAGCCCUCUACUAUCGGGCCCACUGGACCCUCUGUCCUGCAGACCAGGGAGAGGUUCACAAAGGAGACCACCCCGGCCACUCCCCUGCAGCAGAGAGGCACAGCUGGAGCAACUGGACCAUCUGUCCUGCAGACCAGGGAGAGGUUCACAAAGGAGACCACCCCGGCCACUCCCCUGCAGCAGAGAGGCACAGCUGGAGCAACUGGACCAUCUGUCCUGCAGACCAGGGAGAGGUUCACAAAGGAGACCACCCCGGCCACUCCCCUGCAGCAGAGAGGCACCGCUGGAGCAACUGGAACUCCAGCAGAUGUCAAGUCGUUCAUGGAGCGUUUUGGGGAGAGGUGCCAGGAGCGUUCUGGCCUGAGUUCCCCUGCUACCUGCCAUGGAGCAGCCACUCGUAACCCAAACAUAGUGAACCCGUCUGGGACAGGCCUGGCUAGUCGUACCCCUGUAGUGAGCCAGUCUGUGACCCCCAACACCAGGCUGGUACAGGAGAGGCUGAGAGGUGCCCAGGCUGCCAACACUGCCACCACUGCCCUUGCACAGAAACAGAAACUGGAGCGUGAGUCAGAACUGGCUCAGAUUCGUAACCGUUUCCAGAAAGGGAACAACAUUUGGAAGAACAAGGAGGAGGUGGCAGACACCAAGAAACUCACACAGGCCAAGGAUCUGAUUGAGCAUCCUGAGGAGAGAGGGCCUGUUGUCUCACAGCCUGAUGAACCAACCGCUUCCUCUCUGGAUAGCCUGAAUGCUGCACCCAAGAAACCUUCUGAGGAAGAAACACAGGAGGAGGAAUCGGAUGAAGAAGAGAGUCAUGAGAUGGAGAUGAAAGUGGACCAGUCCAACAACUCUGAGAUCAACAACUUUGAUGGGUUCCAUGACCAGAUUGAGGAGCUGAGUGGUGAGGAGGGUGAAGGAGAAGAGGAAGAUAAACUGAACAUCUCCUCGAUGUCCAUCCUGGCUCCCUUCUCUGAGUCGGUGGCUGCUGUGAUCAAGAGCCCAGUAAGGAAGAUGAUGACGUCGACCCCAGCCAGUUCAUUCAACGCUAAGAGCCAGACUCCUGACAUUGUUUCCAGACCCAGUAAGUUCCAAAGGGCUCGCUUGCUCCGGGAUGGGUCAUCAGACAGCCUAGAGACAGACGAACAUGAGGACCACAACCUGCCCUACAGUAUUGAUGCGUACAGGUCGACCAGGAUCAAGGAGAGUACUGAGAGGCCCUGUGUGAAGCAGGUCAUCGUGAAGGAGGAUGUGUCUCAGAGAGCAGCAGAGGAGCCCAGGAGCCAAGGACACACCAGCAUCAAACAGAAGAUGAAGGUUCUGACCUAUGAGAUGAACCUGCAGCAGACUGUGAUCAGCCAGGCCAGCCAAGCCUUGAACUGCUGUACUGAUGAGGAGCAUGGGAAAGGCUCGCAUGUGGAGGCAGAGGCUGAGCGGCUGCUGCUCAUAGCCACGGAGAAGCGGGGGGCACUGAAGGCUGAGUUGGACCGUCUGAAGGGAGAGGGUCCUAGCGGUCAUAGGAGGGUGCAGGGUGGGGACAUGGGGGUAUCCGCCUCCAAGGGAUCCAUCUCUCUCAUGGAGCUACGAUUGCCCCUCAAGGCUGACUUUGUCUGCUCCGCUGCUAGCAAGCCAGAGUGGUCCAGCCAUUACUUCUUCAUCAUGAUCCGUGCUGGAGCUGAGAAUACAGUUGCUACUCCCCUAGCCAGCACAAGUAGCGCUAUCAGUGGAGACGCAAUCACCUUCUCUACCAAGUUCACCAUGUCUGACGUCUCUAACGACUUUACAAUUGAUAUUGAGGUUUACUGUCUGGUGCAGAAGCGUGAGUUGAACCCUGACAAGAGGAAGAAGCCCAGCAAGUCAAAGGCCAUCACUCCCAAGAGGUUCCUCUCUAAGAGCAGUUUGACUCCAGUGGUGGCCAGUCCUGGGGGCCCUAAUACUGUCCGCACCAGUAACUUUGUCCUGGUCGGGUCUCACAAGCUGACUCUUGCCUCAAUUGGGAAAAACAAGUUCCUAUUGGAGAAGAUCAAAUAUGAAGGCAUUGAGAGAGAGCUUCUUAGAGACAUGUUUCACAGCAAGGUGCCUUUCCUGUGCCCCAUGGAGGGCCAUAUCUACCUGAAGAUGCAGUGUGAGGUGGGCUCCCUAGUGGAGGAGAGAGGCUUCCUGACUAUGUUUGAGGAUGUGAGUGGAUUCGGAGCAUGGCACAGGAGAUGGUGUGUCCUGUCAGGAUACUGUAUCUCCUACUGGACCUACCCUGAUGAUGAGAAACGCAAGAACCCAAUGGGUCGCAUCAACUUGGCCAACUGCAUCAGUCGUAAGGUGGAGCCAGCCAACCGAGAGUUCUGUGCCAGGCCCAACACCUUCGAGCUGAUCACUGUCCGGCCUCAGAGAGAGGGCGACAGAGAGACGCUCGUCAGCCAGUGUAAAAACACCAUGUGUGUCACCAAGAACUGGCUGUGUGCUGACACAAAGGACGAGAGGAACCUGUGGAUGCAGAAGCUCAACCAGAUCCUGGUGGACCUGCGCAUGUGGCAGCCAGACUCCUGCCACAGGCCUGUGUGAGAGCACAGCUCCCCCGCCUGGACUAGAGGGCUAACAACACCCUGCAUGGUUAUGGGUCUCGCAUAUGGACUGUCACGAUCAGUGACACUUACGAUGACUAAGUGCAAUACAGUAUUCAAGUUAUUAAAUGGGAUUUACAUGUGUAUUAUAUUUUUAGAUGCUUUUAGUGGACAGUCAAGACAGUUUAAGUCAGGGAUGGGCAACUGGGGGGCCCCUUUUGUAGCCCCCCAUUCUCCAACUCAUUCUGGGUCUCAUCCAGGGUUUUCGUUAGGAAACUGUGUCGCUGGACGUUUGAACAGCCACAUUUUAAUUUACAAGACAUUUUGAGAAAUCUGCCGGGUCCAUAUGUAUUGGGUGCGUAAUCUGAUUAUGGUGUCCACCCACAGUGCUCAGAAUGACAAAUCACAUUUUGUUUAUGGUAAUUCAUAUUAACAGAACAUUCAAGUCAGAUACGAUGUGCGGUCCUGAUUCUGAUGGCCACUUUGAAGAUGUUAGAAUAAGUGUCUACGUUUAUCUUUCCUCGGCCAACAACAUGAGCAACGGACAGCAAAACCACUAGCUAUGUCAAUCUGCUAUCCUUCAUAGUAGAAAAGUUUACAUAUUUUAUUGGUCAGCUUGUUGAGAAAUAGCCUAUUCCAAAUAGACUCUGAGACCAUUAUGGGAAGAUGGCGCCCAAAUUCAUACAAUCAGUAGGUCUAGGCUACAUUUAAAAAAUUACCUUAAAGCAAUGAAUCUGAAACAACCAAUCCAAACGUUUAGCUUAAUGUUGAUAAACUAUGAUCCCAUGGCGCUUGCAAUGCCAGGGUUUUGGGUUCGAUUCCCACAGGGGACCAGUGCGAAAAUAUAUGCACUCACUACUGUAAGUCCUACUAAAUUUGUCUGCUAAAUGACAAAUGUAUUGACAUUAUAAGCUAUGUGCACAUGUUUGUUCCAUAGUACAGUUAGUGGGAAAACACCAAAAGGGCACUGCACCUGCAAGCAGUUUCAUGUGAUAGAUGAAAAUAUCCGUUAGACAUUUAAAAAGAGAUCUAAUAGGCUAGGUUCAGGUUUCAAACAAUUAAGUAUAUGUUUUCAAAAUGCAUAGCCUACUGCCUCCAAAGUGGUGUGACGCGCUGAUGAAGCCUGCCUUCUGUUGCCGUUUGAGAUGCUGCAGCAGCUGUCACUGUCUGACAUUUUCCACUGUCUGCAUGCUUUAGGUGUGUGAUAAAUAAGAUGCAUGAAGAAUGUACUGUAGCCUACGCAUGCGCCAAUUUAAUUCCACUAAAUGAGGCAAAUUAACCUAUAGACCUAUAAGCAUAAAACAAAUGUAUUUCCAUCAAUGAAUAGACCCCCCCCCCAAGAAAAUCACAUUGGGAUGCCCCCCCCCGACAAUUUGCAGGUGCAACUUUUAAAUUCGGCUUUUCUAUUUACUGGUCUCAACUUACCGUUGAGAGAUGGGGGAAAAAAAUGAAAUUUGGUUGUGCAUCAGCAGUUUCUGUUAAAGCAGUCACUCAAUUAUCCCAUGGUAAGUUAGUCAUGGUCGAAUUACAGAUGGGGGGGCCCCAUUUAUAUAUUUAGUUACUCAGAUAAAUUAACUGCAAAUACUCCUCUCCGCCCCCUGGCAAAAUGUGUAGAAUUGCAGCACACUUGCUUUAAAACUGACAUUUUCUUUGUGGCAAACUGCAGAACAUGUUCUCCCAAACAUACUUUUCUUCUCUCUGCUGUCAAGGGGGGCCGUUUAAAAAAAUAUUUUUCUCUCAAGGUCACUGCAUGUGUGUUUAUGGAUGUGGGUACUCAGACCCUCAAGCUACUGGAGCCCCUCAUGAUGGGUUAAGAUUUUGUGGCCCCCACCCUUAUCAACGUUGCCUAUCCUUGGUUUAAGUUGUGAGAGAAAUAUCAGUAAAGCCAUACUUGUGUAGAUAUUUCAGUAUUGACUAGGGCUCUGCUGGUGCUUUUACACAGUCCACAUUGACCCUGUAUUUUAUACGCAUGUCCAAAGUGUUGGGAGGCCAUACCCUCAAAUAUUUGAGAGAAUUGAAAGUAGGAUUUUGGUUGUCUAUGCUUAUACUCCCACGAUGCAGCUUGCUGACAAGAUAUGGCUUCAUAGGUUGACUUUGUUUUGUCUGAUUUAAUGUUUUCAAUCAAUAUUUAACUUGAUGUGUCACAACCAAUUCUAAAAUUGUCUGCGUCGGUGCCAAGGUUAUGCACCAGAAUGUUGUGUGUUUUUUGCUAUUCCCUUUUCUUCCUUUGCAAUCUUUGCUAACCUUAUAUUUAUCAUGUUGUGCACUGUGGGUAGAAACUUCUGAGCUGUCGAGACUACCGAACAAAAAAGCCUUUAAUAUUGUUUGUAUUUAUGUCAAUGUUUUAUUUUUGUGUCCAGGUUUGAAAUGGUUACAGUUAAACAGGGGGUGUGGAUCUGCAGGUAUUGGUAUAGUAUACCACCAUUCUAUUGUAAUGGGAAACUUUGACAGUUGAGAUUAUUGCAAAUCCUUUUUUGUAUGUGCAGAUUUCUAUUCUCAUUUUAGUAUAGCUAGCUCUACACUAAGUUGAAAGCUUAUUCUCAGUUCAAGUUUUAAGCAUGUGCUUUGAGGACUGAAGAUGCUACUUACUCUUGUGAUUUUACAGUGAUGUUUUGGGGAGGAUAAUAUGCCUUAUCUACCCAUUUAAUUAGUGCACAAAAUGUUAAUUAUUCUCCAAAUGUUGACAGGUCUAUCAUAUCCCCUGAUCUGUCCUGUCUAAAUGCCAGUCUUUCAUUUGAACAACAAGCACUCCAAAGAUUCAUUGAAUGUACUGGUAUUUCUAAAAUGACAAAUAAAUGCCAGCUUUAACCAAAA